AUAGUAUAGCAAUUUUUUGUCUAAUGAUAUUACAUGUAAGUUAAUAAUGCCUUAUAACUUCUCAUCUGUAACUUUUUUCACUAGAUCUACAGCUAUAUGCCCUAGAGAAUUACGAAGUUUGAUCAACAGACCAUGGAAGAAAUCAGAACUGAUGACAUGAAAAAAAUGUCAGGAGGCAUGCUGCAAGAUACGGGUGUAUUGCAGCAGACACGGGUACUGCUUUAUAAAAAUGUUCUGACUAAAUGGAGGAACAAAACACAGCUGUUGCAGGAGUUGGUCCUUCCAUUGUUUUUGCUUUGUUUGAUCAGUAUAGAAAUUCCUACUUAUCGUCAACACGAAUGUGACAAAAUCAACAGCACUGUUCUUGGGAAGCUAGAUGAAUAUAAUUACACAGGCGUUAAUAUCGGAUAUACUCCAGUAGAUAAUGCAACAAAACGUAUAAUGGAGAAGGUGGCUUACAGAUCAUUUAUGAAUGGCACAUCAAUAACUGGCUAUGAAGAUGAAUCAUCACUGCAAAAAUUUUUGGGAUACAGAAAUGAGACAUUAUAUAGGACACCACUACCUGUUGGCAUUGUUUUCAAAAAUAAGACCACUUACCAUCUAAGACUCACAAAUAUGCCAAAGGUCAUUGAUCAUUUACCAGUUAUGUGUUAUGAUUAUUACAAAGCCCUUGAUUACUGGGAAUAUGGAUUUGUGACACUGCAGGCUACUAUUGAUGCUGCCAUUAUAGAAGAAAAUACAAAUCAUUCGGUAUGGGAAGAACUCUUAACAAUGGAAGUUGCUCACAAGGAGUCUCCUGACAUUUUUGAAGAAAGAAAUGAGAUGUUUAUCCUUAUGGUUCUUAUAAUAAUUAUUUAUUAUUUACCAUUUGUGUAUUCUCUAUCCUCCAUUCUUGUGGCGGAAAAGAAAAGAUUAAAAGAUUUGGUGGUUGCAGUUGAUCUAAAAAGUUCUGCUUUAUGGUUAUCGUGGGGCAUACUGUAUGGUGGAUUUAUGUUUAUUAUGUCUGUUUUGAUAUCGGUAUUUAUGACGGUCUUUGCUACGUCAGCACCAAACAGGAUGUGGUUUCCACUAUUUCUAAUGUUUUUUCUGCAUGGCUUGUCUCAGAUGUUUUUCACAUUUAUGCUGAGUUCACUGUUCAAGAAAACCAAAAUUGCAAGAAUGAAUGGUGCAUUAACUGUUGCUAUUUUUGGAAUUCUUGGUCUGUCUUUUAUGGAUACUGUUCCCACAGCUGUUGGUUGGAUGCUUUGCCUUGUUUUCCCAUGGACUUUCUGUAUUGGAUUUUCACAGAUAAAUCUUCUUGAAGAAACAUUACUCGGUGCCACUUUCUCUAACUUAACUGUGGGGCCAUAUCCUUUAGUGGCUGUCUAUAUAGUGUACAUCGUCGACUGCAUUAUUUAUUUAAUGCUAGCUCUCUUCUUUGAUCACAUUGAAUCAGGUGAACAUGGAUUGUUUCUAUCUAUUUUUUACUUCAUUCGAGAUUCCUGUUAUAGAAAGCCAAAGCAAAGGGCUCUUUCCACUUGUGAAAGCAUAAGGAGCUAUGGCCCAUUGCUUAGUGACAAAAUAGAGCCAGUGCCUUCAGAGCUGUCUGGAAAGGAAGUUAUCAGAAUUAACAAUAUUAAGAAAACGUACAGAGUGAAGAAUAAUGAUGUAAAAGCUUUGAGAGGUUUAUCUUUUGAUGUCUACGAGGGUCAAAUCAUGGCACUGCUUGGUCACAGUGGGUCUGGGAAAACUACUCUGAUGAACAUUCUCUCUGGAACUUGCAAACCAUCUGAAGGUAAGAAAUGA